UUUUAGGUUCCGGCUAUGGAGGACGAGGCGGCGUCCAGCCCGCCAAGGGGCGACGACGCCGAGAAGAAGGCGACGAGGAAGAAUGCCGCGGUGCCAGUGCUGGUGUAUGCGCCCUGGUCACAGGGCGCGCGCAAGCAGGAUGAGGAGAUCCAGAAGAAGCUGGAGACGACGGACGAGCGGAGGUUAGCUUCCAUUGUUUCGGGGAUUGGAGCGUUCGAGACGAGCGGCAGCGACGAUUGGCACCAAGGAUCGGAGGUUUUCGUCAAGGGAUCUCACUGCUUAGAAAAACUGAGGGAGCUUCAGCGGUGCUUGACGAGGGACAAUCCGGAUAGCAGGCGUGUGUUUAUGCAGCUUGGGCAAUGGAAUGUCGCGGGGAAGUACUUGGUACCGAUCAUACAGCACUAUUCGGAAGAUCGUCAUCUCUUUCUUGCAUCGUUGAAGGUGUCGAUUCUCCUCACUCUUCCCAUCGAUCAAAACUCCACCAACACGUUCGACCAAGUUGAGUACCUGUGCCAAAUCAAAGAAGAGUUUCGCGAACGCAAUGUUCUCGGGGCAAUUAUCGCACAUCUAGAAGAACCUCUCGGGCAUUUGGAAAAGGGCUCUGUCAGUGAAGACGACUGGAGGCUUUUGCAGCUGGUGCUCGCUUUCAUUCAGAACCUUCUGGCUGUACCAGAAGCUAUGAACUGGGUUGGUCCUUACCCUGCCGAGCGGUACUCUCAACUGCGAGAUGGUAUUCUCGAGAGUUUGUUUCGCGAGUGCGGACCGGACAUCGUCCUGGCCGUUACGAAGCAUUUGCCCGCCUUCAAAAAUGGCAUCCGGAAGGAUAACUUCCUUAUUAUUCAGAUUCUACACCAUAUGUUCUGGGGUCAAAAACCAGAGUUGCUCUUUCAAGCAUCGAGAAAGACAAAGGAGACAAGUUCAAAUGCUUUAAAUGAAU